CUUUUCACUUCUGAUCUGUAGCCAAAGUCUUUAUUACAGACCGGGAUGAAGAGUUCGGGGUAUUCCAUCGGGGAGCAGCAUGUAGUUAACUGUAGAAUCCAUUUCUUAUCCGUUUGUAGACAUUUUUAUUUUUUCCCCUUACAGCUGUUGUUUUUUACCUUUUAGCGUCCAGCCGACAUCAUGUUCCUGCGCGGCUCGAAGAAGCGACGGUCCAACCGCUCCCAGGAAGAAGAGGACCCAGACCGAGGCCAGCCCUGUAUGCGCUGCGGAGACCAGUGCCCCGGCUUCCGCGUCCACGGCUGGAGGAAGAUCUGCGUCCACUGCAAGUGUGUGCGAGAGGAGCAUGCGGUGCGAUCGGUGCCAGGGCAGCUGGAAAAGAUGAUGACGAAGCUGGUGUCGGACUUCCAGAGACACUCCAUCUCUGACGACGACUCGGGAUGCGCCUCCGAAGAGUACGCUUGGGUCCCACCUGGGCUCAAGCCUGAACAGGUGUACCAGUACUUUAGCUGCUUACCAGAAGACAGAGUGCCGUAUGUGAACAGUCCAGGAGAGAGAUACAGAAUAAAACAGCUGCUGCACCAACUUCCAGCCCAUGACAGUGAGCCUCAGUACUGCAACUCUUUGGAUGAGGAGGAGAGAAAAGAACUGCGUGACUUCAGCCAGCAGAGAAAACGAGAUAAUUUGGGCAAAGGCAUCGUCAGACCAUUCCCUGUCACCAUGACCGGAGCCAUCUGCCAACAGUGUGGCACACAGAUCUGUGGUGGAGACAUAGCCGUGUUUGCCAGCCGGGCAGGUCACGGCAGCUGCUGGCACCCCCAGUGUUUCCAGUGCUCUUCCUGCAGCGAGCUGCUGGUGGAUCUGAUCUACUUCUUUCAGGACGGACAGAUCUUCUGCGGUCGGCACCACGCUGAGAGGCUGAAGCCCCGCUGCCAGGCCUGCGAUGAGAUCAUUCUAGCCGAUGAGUGUACGGAGGCAGAAGGAAGGUACUGGCACAUGAAGCACUUCUGCUGCUUCGAGUGCGAGGCAGCACUAGGAGGUCAGCGCUACAUCAUGAGAGAGAGCAGACCGUACUGCUGCUCCUGCUAUGAAUCCCUGUAUGCAGAGUACUGCGAUACCUGCGGAGACACUAUAGGUAUUGACCAAGGCCAGAUGAUGUAUGACGGUCAGCACUGGCACGCGGUGGAGUCCUGUUUCUGCUGCGCUCGCUGUCAGCUGCCUCUGCUCGGCCGUCCCUUCCUCCCACGCGGCGGGCUCAUCUUCUGCUCCAGGUCCUGCUCUCUUGGUGAGGAUCCCAAUAACUCAGACUCCUGUGAUUCUGCGCUGCAGAGCAGAUCUCCUUUCCACAAGAAGACACCAGAGAGGCUGCACUGUGGUUCCCCUCUGCAGCCACUAGAGGGCGUCAGGCAUACUCCUGCAAAGGACUGCACGUAUACUGCUGUAGAGAACAGAGGCCUUCAGUGCAGCGCUCCAGUUCAGAACGGAGCUCCAUCACACUGCAGCCACCCUCAUCCGAGAGGUUCCUACUCCCCGCUGCCCCACAUUCAUCUGGGAAACGGCUUAGGGCCAACCUGGCCCAGUGACGUUCCACAUUACAGUCUGCUGCCAGGGGAAAGCAGCGUCAAACCCCCAGGCACCGGUUUUCAGUUGCAGAGAGAGCAGAAUGGAAAAACUGGACUAACUGGUCGUAAUUCAAGAGGAACUUCCACCAACAAGGACUGCAGGAACUGGGUGGAAAAGACUAAUCAGGCAAUGCAAGACACGCCUCCCCCCUCAUCAGACAACUCCCCCAUCCUCCCACCUCCUUUGCCCAUUAAGUCCCGGGACCUGAUGCCACAAGACCCAACGCCUCUGACCCCGUCUCAUCCAAAGGACCCGUCUCCUGACUCUCUUCCUCCGCUGACACGCAGCGGCCCGGCUAGAGUCAGCUUCAGGGAACCAAUCAGCAGCAGCUACUCCGUAGAAGAAGAUGAGGAGGAGGAGGAUGAAAAUGAGGAGGAGGAGAGGCUUCAUGUCAGCAUCGAAAACAAGCAGGGUGACGACGACGACGAUGAUGCUGAGGAGGGUGGGUUUGGAAGAAGGUUGAACCUUCAGAAAGGCGUUCCACCGCAGAUGGACCUGUUAGAUGGUUCGUCAUAUCAUCCGCGUCACCUGAGGAAUGGGUGGGGCCGCUCCCGUACCUCCUCUGACCCCGUUCUGCCUCCUAGUUCUGAGAGGCGCCUUCGAAGCGCGCGGCCAGAAAGGCCUCACCUGGACACUCUGGACCUGAGAGGAGGGAAAGACAGAGAUGGACGCAGCUCCUGCAGCAUCCCGUCCCUCAGCCUCCAGCAGGGACGCUACAAGCACGGAGACUCCUGUUCCACCUGCUCCUCGUCCUCCGAAUCAGAGGAGGAGGGCUUCUUUCUGGGACAGCGGAUUCCUCUGCCCCCCCAGCUUCGACAGCAGCAGCCUGAUGAGCCCAAAUCCCAGAAACCCGAGGAGGGGCCGGAGGUGCAAAGACACGGGGGCCUGAGAGGCAGCAUAAGGAGGAGAAGAGCUCUCAGUCACAGCGCAAAGGACAAGGAUAAAAACUGUGCUGUCUCCUGAGCAGCCGGAAAAUCACAAACCUUUUUAGGAAAAAGUUGAGCCCAGAUUGAUUUAUUCACCUUAUUGGUCUGGUUUCUGAUGGAGAAGCAGCUUCAAACCACAGCCUUCAUAUUUAACACACUGAGGGAAGCACAUUUUCCCUCAGAUGAGUCUCUACCAGACCUCAGGUUUAGGGCAUCUGUUUUUGUGGGACUUAGAGAUAUUAGUGCAAAAGCCUUUAAAAAAUCCUCUGUUAUUGAAGCACUUUAAAAAGUAGGUAAAUGCAGCCUUAAAUUUGAGAAAAUGUAUCCAAUGUUAAGAUAAAACUGUUUGUAACUACUGUAAUUUCAGUAUGUC